AUUUUAGCGGUCAACCGUUAAAUGCAAUUGAAUCAAAAUUCAAUUCUAGUUUUAGGGAACUGCAAUCAAGUUUUUGAUUUCCCAUUUACCCCCAAAUGAUUAAACUUUGAAAAUCGCAGUGCUGUACAAGUUAUUUGCGUUCACUGGGAAAAAAAGCAAUUCAAUUUCAAAAAAAAUGGACGUUGUUGGUCCAUUAUUUCAAACGAGACAUUAUUCAUUAUAGACAGCAGAAUUCGUCGUUGCUAAUUCAGUUUUUAUCAUUGGAUUCAAUCUCUGUGUUAUUUUGGGUUCUUGAAAAUGGAAAUUAAGAAGGAAGAUAGCUUACUCGAAGAACCUCUGUUGGAUGAGAAUUUAAGUAGCUCUGCAGGGGGGAAAUCGAUAAGCGAUUAUUCGAAUGCUGGUCUUAUUAGUCUUCUUUCGUUUUCUUGGAUGGCUUCUUUAAUUGCUCUUGGCAAUAAUAAACCUUUAGACCUCCAUGAUGUUCCUCAACUUCAUGGUGGGGAUACUGCAGCUGCUGCAUUUGCACUUUUCAAAACUAAACUUGAGUUAGAUAGUGGUGUUGCUACUAGAUUAACUUCACUGAACCUUGUCAAGGCGUUAUUCUUGUCAGCUUGGAAAGAAAUUCUGUGGACAGGUUUGCUGACUUUGAUAUGCACGUUAGCUUCUUAUGUCGGUCCAUCUCUUAUAGACAUGUUUAUGCAAUGCCUCAGUGGCCAUGGAGAGUUUAAAAGUCAAGGGUAUCUCUUAGCUUCCACUUUUCUGGCUGCAAAGAUUAUAGAAUGCCUUACUCAGAGACAGUGUUCGUUUAAGUUGCAGAAUAUUGGAAUCAAGAUUCGUGCAGUAUUUGUGGCGAUGAUCUACAACAAGAGUUUGAGCCUUUCAUGUCAAGCAAAGCAGGACAAUACGAGUGGAGAGAUGAUCAAUUAUAUGGCGACUGAUGCUGAAAGGGUUAUUGGAUUUUGCCAGUGUUUGCAUGAGCCAUGGCAGGUGAUUAUGCAAAUUAGUUUAGCAUUUUUUAUACUGUAUAAACAUCUUGGUCUAGCUUCUCUUGCCGCGCUUGUUGCAACUUCUAUUGUCAUGUUGAUCAACUACCCACUAGGAAGAUUAGAGGAGACCUUGGAGGGUAAAUUGAUGGAAUCCAAAGAUAAAAGAAUGAAGGCAACAGCUGAGAUUUUGAGGAAUAUAAGAAUUCUGAAGCUUCAAGCUUGGGAAAUGAAGUUUUUGUCUAAGAUUGUGGAGCUCCGAAAGACGGAGGUAGAAUGGUUGUUGAAAUUCGUGUAUACUACCGCAGUUGGCACCUUUGUGUUCUGGUGUGCUCCUUCUCUUGUGUCCGUGUCCACUUUCGGUUCUUGUUUGCUUAUGGGAAUCCCACUUGAUUCAGGAAAGAUCUUAUCUGCACUUGCAACUUUCAAAAUGCUUCAAGAGCCACUGAUAGGUCUUCCUACCACAAUAUCUACCAUCAUUGAGGCUAAGGUUUCCCUUUGUAGAAUAUCAGCUUUCCUCUGUCUUGAUGACUUGCCGAUUGAUGUUGUGGAGAAACUUCCAAGGAAUAGUUCUGAUACGGCAAUUGAGAUAACAAACGGUAAUUUUUCCUGGGACAUCUCUGUUCCUAACCCGACAUUAAAAGAUAUAAAUUUGAAGAUAUUUCAAGGUAUGAGAGUUGCAGUAUGUGGUACAGUUGGUUGCGGAAAAUCAAGCUUACUAUCCUGCAUCUUGGGAGAAGUACCCAAAAUCUCAGGAUCGGUUAAGUUAUGCGGGACAAAGGCGUAUGUUUCGCAGACGCCUUGGAUACAGAGUGGUACCAUUGAAGAGAAUAUAUUAUUCGGAAAGGAGAUGGAUAGGGUAAAGUAUGAGAGCAUACUAGAAGCAUGUUCCUUAAACAAGGACCUUGAAAUCUUGUCAUUUGGUGAUCAGACUGUUAUAGGUGAGAGAGGCAUCAAUUUGAGUGGUGGACAAAAACAAAGAAUUCAGAUUGCGCGAGCUCUCUACGAAGAUGCUGAUAUUUAUUUAUUUGAUGAUCCUUUUAGCGCUCUUGAUGCGCAUACUGGAUCUCAUUUGUUCAGGGAAGUUUUGGUAGGUCUCUUGAGCUCAAAAGCUAUUGUUUAUGUAACUCAUCAAGUGGACUUCUUGCCUACUGCUGAUCUAAUAUUGGUCAUUAAAGAUGGACGUAUAACGCAGGCUGGAAAAUACAAUGACAUUCUCAAUUCCGGGUCUGACUUUAUGGAACUUAUAGGUGCACAUAAGGCUGCAUUAUCUGCAUUUGACUGCAAACAAGAAGGAGAAUAUUCUGUAAAUGGAAGUAUCAACGAUAGUGACGACCUGAAAGAAGAAGAUAGGGGAGAUUUACUAAACAGUGAUCCUGAUGAGGUAGCUGAGCCGAGAGGACAGCUUGUUAAAGAAGAAGAAAGGGAAAAAGGCAAAGUUGAAUUUCAAGUCUACUGGAAAUAUCUCACAACAGCAUAUGGGGGAGCUCUGGUUCCCUUUAUUUUGCUGUUACAUAUGAUUUUCCAAAUCCUCCUUAUCAGUAGCAACUACUGGAUCACAUGGGCAACUCCCACGUCGAUAGAAGCAAAACCUGUUGUUAACGGAUCCAUACUGAUACUUGUGUAUGCUGCUUUAGCCUUCGGAAGUUCUUUUUGCCUUUUGAUUCGGUCUAUACUUCUUGAAACGGCAGGUCUCAAGACAGCAACUAUACUUUUCAAUAAAAUGCAUCACUGCAUUUUCCGUGCUCCUAUGUCCUUCUUUGACAAAACUCCAAGUGGACGUAUCCUUAAUAGAUGUUCUACAGACCAAAGUGCAGUCGAUUUGCAAAUCCCAUAUCAAGUUUGGGCAGUUGCCUUCGUAAUGAUCAAUCUUCUGGGUACAAUUGCAGUAAUGUCUCAGGUAGCAUGGCAAGUUCUUGUAGUUUUUCUCCCCUUGGUUUCUGCCUGCAUCUGGUACCAGAGUUAUUACAUUUCUUCUGCAAGAGAACUUUCACGGUUAGCUGGAAUAUGCAAAGCUCCAGUUAUUCAGAACUUUUCCGAAACAAUUUCAGGAUCGACAAUUAUCAGGAGUUUUGAUCAACAAUCAAGAUUCCGACAAUUGAAUAUGAAGCUUACAGAUGGAUUUUCUCGGCCUAAGUUUUAUAGUGCUGGUGCAAUGCAAUGGCUUGGCUUCCGCUUGGAUAUGUUUUCUUCUGUUACAUUUGCCUUAUGUCUGUUUUUCUUAAUCUCAUUCCCUGACGGCAUUGAUCUAGCAAUCGCGGGUUUAGCUGUGACAUAUGGACUCGGCUUAAACGUGUUGCAAGCUAGGUUGAUAUGGAACAUUUGCAGUCUUGAGAACCAAAUGAUAUCAGUUGAAAGAGUCCAUCAAUUCAUGUCUAUACCUAGUGAGCCUGCUCUUGUCAAAGAUGAAAGUAGGCCAAAUUGUUCUUGGCCAUGGAAUGGAGAAAUUGAUAUUGCUAAUCUGCAGAUCCGGUAUGCCCCUCACUUGCCAAUAGUGUUGCGAGGUCUGACAUGCACUCUUCAAGGAGGGAAGAGGACUGGUAUUGUAGGAAGAACAGGCAGUGGGAAAUCAACCCUCAUACAAAGUCUGUUUCGAAUUGUUGAACCUUCAGCUGGUCAGAUUGCGAUUGAUGGCAUCAACAUCUCAUCUAUUGGUUUGCAUGAUUUGCGAUCAAAACUCAGCAUUAUUCCUCAGGAUCCUACAAUGUUUGAAGGGACUGUACGGAGUAACUUGGACCCUCUUGAAUCAUUCACAGACAAGGAUAUUUGGGAGGUUCUUGACAAGUGCCAACUUGGUAAUGAAGUCAGGAAGAAGCAGAAAAAGUUAGACUCCAUAGUUACUGAGGAUGGAGAGAAUUGGAGUAUGGGUCAGAAGCAGCUAGUCUGUCUCGGUCGCGUACUGCUCAAGAAAACAAAGAUCUUAGUCCUAGAUGAAGCUACCGCCUCCAUUGAUACAGUUACUGAUAACUUAAUCCAAAAGACAAUUAGAGAUCACUUCUCUGACUGUACAGUUAUAACCAUUGCUCAUCGGAUAACUUCCAUUCUUGAUAGCGACAUGGUUCUACUUCUGAGUCAAGGGCUUAUUGAGGAAUAUGAUUCUCCAGAAAGAUUAUUAGGAAACAAGUGUUCCUCAUUUGCAAAACUUGUGGCAGAGUACAGCGAAAGGUCAGACAAAUGAUCAAUAACAUUUGAGAAAGGGAUGAGAUGGCAAAGGUGGAAGGAGGUAGUAGAAGUGUGAGAAGCAAUGUGAACAAUGGCUUGUUGGUUGGAUAGAUGCAGCAGUAGUCUUAACAUCUUACUUCUGUCUUGGUUUUAUUAUAAUUAAAUUUUGUUUA